AUGGUGAGGCCCUUGGUCCAGAGCUCCACUGGCGCGGGUUGCUCGCUGGGCCUGAUCUAUAGAAGAGCUGUUUGCCCCUCCAAAUCGCAGUCCGCAAGUCGUGUCUCCUAUGACAGCGAGAAGUUUCAGAGCACACCGCCAGGCGAAGAAGAAGAAGCCGCGGUGCCUGAGGCCAACCGCUGCCGACGGUUCAACGUCACCGUCGCGCAGCGUCCAGCACCGUCGCCCAGCAUGGCAGAAACGACGGAACAAACCACCGCUAGCGGGGAAGCAUCCGUGACUCGUGAUUCAAAAUCCACACUGGAGAGCGGCGGCAGCAGCAGCGACCCCUCCAAGGAAGCAUUCGUCGAAAGCCAAGUUGAAAGCACGCGGAUCGGUGCCGACGAGAGCGCGCGGCGCAAGCGUCUGCUGUAUGCCGGCCUGUUGGCCGGUGCCACGCUCGCCGUUACGGCGAUGCUCGUCGCCACCUUCGCGUCGUCGAGCAAAGCUGGGGCGCAGGGCGCCGCCGGAGAGACCACGGAAUUCGAAGAAACGGAGAACCCGUGGCCAACGGUCGAAGAACGUCGCGUAACCGCUGAAGAAGAAGGCUACUUAUACUACAAACGUCGCACCACGAACCGUAAGACUGCGACCCUGAAGCCGAAGUCGAAGCGCAAGAGGCGUCGUGGAAAGGCCACCGAAGAACAGACCACCACCACCACCGCCACCCCUGCUACUACCUUCCCGGACACGUCCACCGUUUCGUUCGAUGGACGCUCGGAGGAACCGGAACACGCUCGCGGCCGCCUGGGUGGCGUUCGAGACGCAGACCUCGGCAGCAGAGGAUCCGGCUCUCGCGCCAACGCCAGCGACACGAACACGCACGCCGAGCGCACCUCGUCUCCAAGCAAGCACACACAAAGACUGUGCGACCUAUGCCCGAUGGUCCUAAGUCCACGCACAAAAAGACGACAGCUCGUGACGACAAAAGCCAGAGAGGGUAGCAGACCGCGCUACUCCUCGCGUCUCCACGGCUCGCCUCCCAUUGAUGACGUCACGGCCUCCGCGCGGCUGGAACGAACGCUGGGAUUUUUCUGUCGUUGUACCCUCGACGCUUCGCGUCUCAUAUCUGGACUGAAUUAACGCGGCGAAACUGUCGUGGUAUUAGGCGUGUGCAACAACAGCUUGGCGACGUCUUGAAGCUGUCUUUCUUUAAAGAA